CUGCGUGGUCGGAGCUAAUAAAGGGAAUUGCGUCAGUUGCGCACGCCUGUAGCGCAGCCUUGAAAUGCGCCUGAUGCUUCGGCGCUGAGGGGACACACAGGAAAAGUUCUCCACAACGAGAGGCAGCAGGACGCCUGCAGUCUCGUGUUUUUUUUUUUAUGCCUCCUAAAAAACACUUUCCCUUCCACUAGAGUGUUUUUUGUGUUCCCACGCUGUGAUCCUGCUUUGCUUUUGCUGAUUUUUUUGGAGUUUUUUUGUGUUUUUUUUUUUUUUUUGUGUUUUGUGAGACUUAAGCCAAACGCCAUGGAGCUGCUCUGCCUCGAAAUGGACACCAAUAUACGGGCUCGUCCAGACCCGAAUCUCCUUUGUGAUGACCGAGUCCUCCAGAGCUUGUUGACCAUAGAGGAGAGGUUCCUACCUCAGUAUUCCUAUUUUAAGGUGGUGCAGAGGGACAUUCAGCCCUUUAUGCGGAGGAUGGUGGCCACUUGGAUGUUGGAGGUUUGUGAGGAGCAGAAGUGCGAGGAAGAAGUUUUUCCCUUGGCCAUGAACUACUUAGACAGAUUUCUAGCAGUGGUACCCACCAAAAAGUGUAACCUGCAGCUGCUGGGAGCAGUCUGUAUGUUUCUUGCAUCCAAAUUGAAAGAGACUCGUCCGUUAACUGCAGAGAAGCUUUGCAUCUACACAGAUAACUCCAUCAGACCACAAGAACUGCUGGAAUGGGAACUGGUGGUGUUGGGGAAGUUGAAGUGGAACCUGGCGGCCGUCACGCCCAACGACUUCAUCGAGCACAUAGUGAGGAGGCUGCCGCUGCCCGAGGAUAAACUGACUCUUAUACGCAAACAUGUCCAGACCUUCAUCGCCCUCUGCGCUACAGAUUUCGGAUUCGCCAUGCACCCUCCAUCCAUGAUUGCCACGGGAAGCGUGGGGGCAGCAAUCUGCGGCUUGCAGCUGGACUCGGUGAACCAGUCCCAGUGGGGGGACAGUCUGACAGACCUGCUGGCCAAAAUCACAAACACAGAAGUGGACGUUCUCAAAGAGUGCCAGGAGCAGAUCGAGCGUUUGUUAAAGACUAGCCUGCGUGAAGGCCUGCAGCAGCAGCAGCAGCAACAGCAGAGCCAGAGAGGCCCCAGCAGUAAAGGCUUGGACGAGCUGGACCAGUCCUCCACCCCCACAGACGUCCGCGACAUCAACUUGUGAACCACCAGAGGGCAUUGUUGCGCAAGGAUUUACAAGAAGAAGAAGAAAGAAAGAAAGAAAAAAAAAAGAAUCAUGGAAAAAAAAAAAACUUUCUUAAAAGCAGAAAAAAAGAACAAAAAAACAAAAUGUUAAAAACACAAGCCCUUUAAAAGAAAAGAACAAUGCUUGCUAGUUUUUUUUGUAGAUUUUUCUGUUCUUCGAGACAAAAAAAAAAACACCUGCCCAUGAAAUAUCGAUUUUUUUUUUACGAGUCUAAAAACGAUGACGCUCCACGGUGCCUUGGAUACACAGAAGGGAAACCAAUCAUAUUUUUGCAUUGUAUAGAAUGCGUGUUAUUAACUUAUAUUGCAACCAUAGCUGGUUGGCACAAUGUUUUUGCGUUGGUGGCAUCAAAGUACGGGCUUCGUUUCUUCUCUCCCUCUCUGUUGUCAUAUUACGUAUACUCAUUGCUAUCUUCAGUAAAAAAAAAAAAAAACGGCGAGGAAGCCUUGAAAACGUCGGUGGCUCCCGAAUCCCGGGAAGAGACAGGAUCCUUUGAAUACAUCAUAGUCAUAAUAUUAUAGUCGUAAUAUUAUUAUUGGACAUAUUUUGAGUAGUGAAGAUCAAUAAGCUCGUCAGUCAGGCUGCUUAUGUGUGCGUGUCUGUGUGAAAGGGAUCCUGUAUCGAAAUUAGCAGUAAGGCGUUUUUUUGUCGAUGUUUUGUCGCCUUCGUUCAUUAGCGUAGCGACGACUGUUGUUGGCUAGCAAUGAACCGCUGCACCGACUCGGAACGAGACAGACGCUUUUUUCUCUAGAACAGGGGUGGGCAAACUUUUUGACUC